ACACUAGCGUUUUUUUUUUUUUUAAGCUCAAAAAACACUCGUAAUAACGUUUUAUAUCAACAGCAUAUCAAGCUGAACAACAGUAAUGGACUGUGUCUGUAUAACUAUUUUUUUGUAUACUGGGCCUUUGUUGUUGAUAUGUUUACAAUCAGGGGCAGGGGCGGACUGACCAUUUGGAAACUUGGGCACUGCCCGAGGGCCCGGGGUCAGUAGGGGGCCCCAUGAGAUGCCCCUGGUACCUUUUUCACAGGCUUUUUGGAGUUUGGGCAAGGACACAGGGGCCCCAUGAUCCCCUAUUGCCCGGGGGCCCCAUGA